UUGAGGAGCGCUUGGCUCCCAGCGGCGGUGCGUGCGUGGUUCUGGGCCCUAGAAACAUUUUGAGUUUGCUUGCCUUUCUCCUUCGGAAGACCCGAGGUCGGCCGCCAGGUUCGGGAGAUUUGAAAUGCGGGGCUGAUUUCCUCCCUGUUUUCCGGUUCUGCCGCGGGAACCUUCGGGGAAGCGUGAAAGGACGGGAAGGGCGUGCGCCUGAUGACCGGCCCCUUGCCGCCCCUGCGUGGCCGCAUGUGUCCCGCCUUGGCUGCUGUGUGGAAUCGUUCUCUUGUCCCUUCAGGCCGAAGCUUUGUUAAUAGAAGUGAAACGGAUACAUUGAGAGGGGUGAAAAGACCUUAAAAGGUCUUUCCCCUACCCAUCUUCUCCAAAGGCUCCAAAGACUUUGCAGAUGUAUCUAGUUUGCCGACGCGAGCACUUGAAUGUUCAGCGGACAAGGGCUUAAAUAUAAAGGGGUGGGAACUCCUAACAUUUUAGGGGAUUUGUGUGUAUUUCCAAAACUGACUUUUGACCACCAUCCAGCACCUGCAGCGUGAGAUUCCUGAGCUUCUCGCCAUCCUGCAGCUGCAGCAUGUUCUGUGGGUUAAGUCGGCUGUACAGCGGUUUAUCCAGACCCACUAGAUGGACCACUCAGAUGAUUUGGGGUUCUCUCUCCCGAAGUCUGAUGCUGAGUUCACAGAGGAGAAUUCCAGAACUCAAUAGCUUUGUUGCCCGGACCAACACGUGUGGAGAGUUGCGUUCUUCUCACUUAGGCCAAGAAGUCAUCUUGUGUGGAUGGAUUCAGUACCGAAGGCAAAACAUCUUCCUGGUCCUAAGAGAUUUCCAUGGGCUUGUUCAAGUUAUCAUUCCCCAGGAUGAGUCGGCUGCUUCUGUGAAGAAGAUUUUAUGUGACGCCCCCAUGGAAUCUGUGGUGCAAGUGUCUGGGACAGUAAUUUCCCGACCUCCAGGACAAGAGAAUCCAAAAAUGCCAACAGGUGAGAUUGAAAUCAAAGUUAAAACAGCUAAACUUCUGAAUUCCUGCAAGAAGCUGCCCUUUGAAAUUAAGGACUUUGUGAAGAAAACAGAAGCUCUUCGUUUGCAAUAUCGCUACUUAGAUUUGCGUGGUGUCCAAAUGCAGUAUAACCUGCGACUGAGGUCCCAGAUGGUCAUGAAAAUGCGGGAGUAUCUCUGUAAUCUACAUGGGUUUGUGGAUAUAGAAACACCAACAUUAUUUAAGAGAACUCCAGGGGGUGCAAAAGAGUUUGUAGUACCAUCCAGGGAACCUGGAAAGUUUUAUUCUCUCCCUCAGAGUCCUCAGCAGUUUAAGCAGCUCCUGAUGGUUGGUGGUUUAGACAGAUAUUUUCAGGUUGCCCGAUGUUAUCGAGAUGAAGGUUCAAGACCAGACAGACAGCCCGAAUUUACUCAGAUUGACAUAGAGAUGUCUUUUGUAGACCAGACUGGCAUCCAGAGUCUAAUUGAGGGUUUGCUCCAGUAUUCGUGGCCCAGUGAUAAAGGUCCUGUGGUGGUUCCUUUUCCUUCUGUGACCUUUUCUGAGGCAUUGGCCAGCUAUGGAACUGAUAAACCUGACACUCGCUUUGGGAUGAAGAUUGUAGAUAUCAGUGAUGUGUUCAGAAACACAGAGGUUGGAUUUCUUCAAGAUGCACUUAGUAAACCCCAAGGAACCAUCAAAGCCAUAUGUAUCCCUGAAGGAGCAAAAUACUUAACAAGGAAAGACAUUGAGUCCAUUGGAAAGUUUGCAGCUGACCGUUUUAAUCAGGAAGUCUUACCUAUAUUCCUGAAAACCAAUAAAAACUGGAAUUCUGCAGUUGCUAAGUUCAUAAUGGAGGAGCAAGGCCUGGGACUAAUCAGACUGUUGGAGACCCGAGAGGAGGAUGUGGUCCUGCUAACUGCCGGAGAGCACAAGAAAGCAUGCUCUUUGUUGGGAAAAUUACGACUGGAGUGUGCUGACCUUCUAGAAGCAAGAGGAGUGGUGCUUCGUGACCCAGCUCUGUUCUCUUUCCUUUGGGUUGUGGAUUUCCCCCUCUUCCUUCCCAAGGAGGAAAAUCCCGAAGAGCUGGAGUCCGCCCACCACCCAUUUACUGCUCCCCAUCCCAGCGACAUCCACCUCCUGUACACGGAGCCCCAAAAGGUCCGUAGCCAACACUAUGACUUGGUUUUAAAUGGCAGUGAGAUAGGAGGUGGGUCUAUCCGAAUUCAUGAUGCAGAGCUACAGCGUUACAUUCUGGAAACAGUACUAAAGCAAGACGUGAAAUUGCUCUCCCAUCUGCUCCAGGCUUUAGAUUAUGGGGCGCCGCCUCAUGGAGGAAUUGCAUUAGGGUUAGACAGACUGAUCUGCCUUGUCACUGGAGCGCCAAGCAUCAGAGAUGUCAUAGCCUUCCCCAAAUCUUUCCGGGGGCACGACCUUAUGAGCAGUGCCCCAGAUUCUAUCCCUCCUGAGGAACUGAAGCCUUAUCAUAUCCAGGUCUCCUGGCCAACAGACGCAGAAACAGAAAGGAGCUCACUGAAUCAUCCAUGCCAUCCAGAAAGUUGAGCUUUUGAGUUUUGUCCUCUUUUCUUCCCCAAGGCUAGAAUCAGAUCUGGAGUUCAGCCACAGAUCUGACUUCACGUUUUUAGAUGGAAGGAUCCAGACCACGUUCUUCACCUCAACAAAGAAACAGAUAAAAGGUAUCCAGGUUUAACAAUAACAUGCAUCAUUAGGAUUAUUUUAUUUGGGACUUUUUUGAAGUUUCUUUUUACUUGGAGAGGUGUGAAAGACAGCUCUUUGUUGGAGUAACAUAGUGACAGUGUUUUCUAAUCAUGUUUUUCAUACCCAGAUAGUAGAUUGUUCUCUUAGGACAGAGGUAAUCAAACCACACAUGAAUUGUGAGAAAAUUCUUGCCCCUUUAGGCUGAUCAGUUGAUGGAGGGGUCAGUUCAACCAGUCAAGAGAAUCCUACAAAGUAACCUGGAUAAUGACAUCUCAAUUAUCAACAUAAUAUAGUUAAGAAGCAACAUGAUAUAAGGCAAAAAAAUCACUGAAAUAUAAAAGUCACAAAACCUUAAAUCAGUGCUUUACCUUGGAAAUUGUAUAAACCUCUCUUAGCCUCCCUUCCUGCAUAUAUGAAAUGUAGACAAUACUUUCCUGGGUCCCUCACUGGCUUCUUGCCUGAAUCCUAGGAGACAAUAUAUGUGGAAGAUGAUGACAGUGAAAAUGCUUUGAAAAACUUUUAAGCAUUACUUAAAUGUAAGUAAUGAUAUUAUCCAUCUGUAAACAGGGUACAGGUAAAUCUCUAUAUUUUAUAGUUUAAGAUUAAACAAAACUGAUAACUGUGGUAAAAGGAAAACAGUAAUUUCAUUAAUCAGUAUUCUGCUUAUAUUUCUAUUUUUUUUAAUAACCAUUAAUCCCCAAAUAACUUUCCCUCAGUUAUAAGUAACUGAAAAUAUUGACCUUAAACCAAAUUCAAAUGUAGAAGUGAACACAAACUCAUUGUGAUUUUCUUAUACGUUCUGUUCACACAAAUAAAGGCUUAUAAUUAAUAAUUAUAAAAUGGGAAUAAGGCUUUGAUUAAUGACAUUUUCUACUUUAUCUUCAUUUUUGCCUUGACAUUCUUUUGACUUUGAUACUACACCAAAACUUGACAAGUUUCUUAAAGGUUAAUUGCAAUGUGUAAUCUGAAAUCAUAUUGAUAAAUUUUUCUAAAAUCCAUUGGCCUGCCUUGUAUUUUGAAUACAACUUUUAUGCGUGAUUUUGUAACACCGCACAUUGAUCACUUGAAAAAUAUUGGCUCACUGAACUAUGCAACGCUUCCAGGUGUUAACACAUUUUAUUAUACAAUAUCUAAAAAAUCACACUGAUUAACUUCAUUACUGAUUUCAUCUUAAGUAUGGAGAAGGUGUAAGUGCACAGACAGAUAUAAGCUUUCCAAAAAUCUUAUUUUCACUUGAAAGCUUGAGUUUUCUUUGGCAACAAAUACCAUCAGGCUUUUUUCCAAACUCAUUUUUGAGAAAAUAUCUGCCAAUAUCUGCGGCCUGGGCUUUGGUCUCUCUUCAGUUCCAACGAAGAGGCAGAGCCUCUGGCGUGUCCCUGCCUCCUCUUCUGCCUGAGUCGGGGAGGCCAGGAAGCCUUGGUGGCUGGAGGGGGUCUGCUGCCCGAAUGUAUAUUCUCUUCACCAGGAACACAGACUUAUCAUUGUUGGACU